AUGGACAAUAAUCAUCAAAUAAGGCAGCCAUUACUGGCGCCGCCUCCGAUUACUCCUCCGCUAGCACCGUCGUUACCGCCGCCUGCACAGAUUGCCGGCGCAGGCGGAGUUACCGGUGGAGCAUGUCAGGUGCGAUGCGCGGGGUGUAAGAUGGUGCUGACCGUGGGUCCCGGGUGGAAGGAGUUUUUGUGCCCUAGUUGCCAGCUGCCCCAGAUGCUGCCGCCGGAGUUGAUGCGGGGCAACCCGACCCAGAUCCAACGGCAGCAAACCAACGUCCCUGCGCACGGCGUUGAUCCGACGAAAAUCCAGCUACCUUGUAUUCACUGCAAGGCCAUACUCAACGUACCCCACGGCCUCUCACGCUUCACUUGCCCACAGUGCCACAUUGACCUAGCCGUUGAUCUUUCAAAGAUUCGGCAACUUCUGCCUCCACCCCUAGCGCCCGUGCCUCCAGAAGAAGUCAACGAGGUAGCAAUUGAGGUGGAACGGGAAGAAGAUGAAGGUGGCUUGGCGGGAGAGACAUUUAUGGAUUAUCGGCCUUCGAAAUUGUCCAUCGGUCCUCCCCAUCCGGAUCCUAUUGUGGAGACAUCCUCCUUAUCUGCAGUGCAGCCUCCUGAUCCUACUUACGAUCUCAGGAUUAAGGAUGACCUGGAAAGUUCAAAGGCAUUAUCAUGCUUGCAGAUUGAAACAUUGGUCUAUGCUUGUCAGAGACAUCUUCAACACCUCCAAGAUGGUGCCAGAGCAGGAUUUUUUGUUGGAGAUGGUGCUGGUGUGGGCAAAGGACGGACAAUUGCGGGGUUAAUAUGGGAGAACUGGCACCAUGGGAGAAGAAAAGCACUGUGGAUUUCUGUUGGUUCAGACCUAAAGUUUGAUGCUAGAAGAGACUUGGAUGAUGUUGGUGCUAGGUGUAUAGAAGUGCAUGCUUUGAACAAGCUUCCUUACUCCAAGCUUGAUUCCAAGACUGUUGGUGUUAGCGAGGGAGUUGUUUUUGUGACAUAUAGCAGCCUCAUAGCAUCUUCGGAGAAAGGUCGUUCUCGUUUGCGGCAGCUUGUGCAGUGGUGUGGACCAGAAUAUGAUGGCCUCAUCAUAUUUGAUGAGUGUCACAAAGCCAAAAAUUUGGUCCCAGAGGCUGGAGGGAAAUCAACAAGGACAGGCGAAGCUGUUGUUGAGAUUCAGGGCCGACUUCCUCAAGCUCGUGUCGUUUAUUGCUCGGCAACUGGUGCUUCUGAACCACGUAACUUGGGUUAUAUGGUUCGACUUGGUCUUUGGGGAGCUGGAACAUCUUUUACUAGCUUCAAAGAAUUUCUAGGAGCCAUGGUGAAAGGGGGUGUUGGAGCCCUAGAACUUGUUGCCAUGGAUAUGAAAGCAAGGGGUAUGUAUCUUUGUCGCACACUGAGCUAUAACGGUGCGGAAUUUGAAGUUGUUGAAGUACAGUUGGAGGAUAAAAUGACGGAUAUGUAUAUUAAAGCAGCCGAAUUUUGGGCUGUGUUGAGAGUUGAGUUGCUAUCAGCAAUCAAAUUUCUCACAGAUGAGAAGUCCAACACAAGUCUACUGUGGAGAUUAUACUGGGCAAAUCAUCAACGUUUCUUUCGACACAUGUGUGUGUCAGCUAAGGUACCUGCAGUAGUUCGACUUGCUAAGCAAGCAUUGCUGGAGAACAAGUGUGUGGAGUAUCCGGAUGUCUGUACUGGAGAGGCACGAACCGAAGAAGCUGUUUCAAAACAUGGUCUUGAACUUGAUGAUUUCAUAUCGGGUCCCUGUGAGUUAUUGCUUAAAUUUGUCGAGGAAAAUUAUCCCCUGCCAGAGAAGCCUGAACCACUCCCAGAUGAAACCAUGAAGGAGCUUCAGAGGAAGAGACGCUCAACAACUCCUGAUGUGUCAUUCACUGGGAGAGUAAGCAAAGUUGCUAAAUCAGAAGCUGAAAGUGAAGAAGAAAGCGAGUGGCAAUCAGAAACUGACACAGAACCUGAAACUGAAUCUGAAGAUGAGUUUCAGAUAUGCAACAUUUGCAAGUCAGAAGAGGAAAGGAAGAAAUUACUUCAAUGUUCCUGCUGCAGUCAGCUUGUUCAUCCUGCAUGUCUAGUUCCACCCGUUGAAGAAGCCAUAUCUGGGGAAUGGUCUUGUCAUUUAUGCAAGGAAAAAACCGAAGAAUAUCUUCGAGCUAGUCGUGCCUAUUUUGAAGAACUAUUGAAAAGGUAUGAAGGAGCAGUGGAGCGUAAAUCAAAAAUCUUAGAAAUAAUUCGUUCAUUGGAUCUUCCAAACAAUCCACUGGAUGAUAUUAUUGAUCAGAUUGGCGGCCCUGAUAAAGUUGCAGAAAUAACUGGAAGACGGGGCAUGCUUGUUAGGACUUCUGGAGGAAAAGGUGUUACUUAUCAGACACGAAACACGAAGGAUGUGACCAUGGAAAUGGUCAAUAUGCAUGAGAAGCAGCUGUUCAUGGAUGGUAAGAAGCUUGUAGCUAUUAUUUCUGAAGCUGGAUCUGCUGGUGUUUCUUUGCAAGCAGAUAGAAGAGCUCUAAAUCAGAAAAGAAGAGUUCAUAUAACUCUAGAACUACCCUGGAGUGCAGACAGGGCAAUUCAACAAUUUGGAAGAACUCAUCGAUCAAAUCAAGCUUCUGCACCUGAGUAUAGACUUCUUUUCACGAAUCUUGGUGGUGAACGCCGUUUCGCAUCUGUUGUUGCCAAGAGGCUCGAAUCUCUUGGAGCAUUAACACAGGGAGACCGUAGGGCUGGGCUAUCUCUUAGUGCUUACAAUUAUGACAGUUCCUAUGGGAAGAGUGCCUUGACGAUGUUAUACAGAGGACUCAUGGAACAGGAUCAGUGGCCAGUUGUUCCACCAGGGUGUUCAUCUGACAAUCCUGAAACAAUAGAAGAUUUUAUUCAGAAGGGAAAAGCUGCUCUUGUGUCUGUUGGGAUAAUUAGAGAUCCAGUUAUUGGUACUGGAAAGGAUUCUGGAAAAAUUUAUGGCCGUAUAGUUGAAUCUGACACGAGUGAUGUUGCACGUUUCCUUAACCGGCUUUUAGGUCUCCCACCUGAGAUCCAAAAUAGGUUCUUUGAGUUAUUUGUUAGUAUCUUUGAUCUUCUCGUUCAGAAUGCACGUUCUGAGGGACAUUUGGACUCUGGAAUUGUUGAUAUGAAAGCCAACACUGUGGAACUGCGAGGAUCUCCAAAGACUGUUCAUGUUGACAGUAUGUCUGGAGCAUCCACUGUGUUGUUUAGUUUUAUAUUGGAUCGAGGAAUGGCAUGGGAGUCUGCAUCUACAUUGCUCGAGGAGAAGCAAACAGGUGCAUCCAUUUCAACUAAUAAUGGAUUCUAUGAAUCGAGGAGAGAAUGGAUGGGAAGAAGGCAUUUUGUAUUAGCAUUUGAAGGUUCUGCUUCUGGAAUGUACAAAAUAUACCGUCCAACCAACGGGGAGUCCCUCAGGGAGAUGCCUCUAGCAGAACUGGAGGACAAAUAUAGAAAAAUUUCAUCUUCACAGAAGGCUCGUAGUGGUUGGGAGGAAGAGUAUGAUUUGUCGUCCAAGCAGUGCAUGCACGGCCCCAACUGUAAGUGGGGCAGCUUCUGUACAGUUGGUAGGAGACGGCAGGAAGUGAAUGUGUUGGGUGGCCUCAUUCUUCCUGUUUGGGGAGCUAUUGAAAAGGCUCUUUCUAAGCAGGCUCGCCUAAGCCAUCGGCGGAUCCGGGUUGUGCGUAUCGAGACCACUGCAGAUAAUCAACGAAUUGUUGGGCUGCUUAUCCCAAUUGCAGCAGUUGAAUCCGUGCUUCAAGAUUUAGCUUGGGUUCAGGACGUUGAUGAUUGA